CCUUCCGCUGGCGACUGUUCGGUCGUCGCCGGUGGAGGUUUGGGGGGUGGGCGGUAGACAGACAGACAGACAGAGAGAGAAGGGAACCAGCCGGGAAAGUACUGGAGACAGGGCAGACAGGCAGGCUGUAGGUGGAUCGGCACUGUCUGUAUGGUGAUACAUGGUAACUAUGGGGCCUGAGUGAAACAUUUUCACUUCUUCAUUCAGCUACAAAUGGAGACUUUGUUAUUAACGUUGAUCGCUUUUAGCCACUACUUGUUUGCAACAGCAUCACCUCUGCUGCUUUUUGCGAAUAGACGAGACGUUAGAUUAGUAGAUGCAGAAACUGUGCAACCUGAAUCUACUGUGGUAGUCAGUGGCCUGGAGGAUGCAGCUGCAGUUGACUUUUUGUACUCGGAAGGCGCGAUUUAUUGGACUGACGUAAGUGAAGAAGCCAUUAAACAAACGUAUGUGAAUCAAACUGGGAAUGUGCAGAAAGUGAUCAUCUCUGGACUUGUUUCGCCUGAUGGAUUAGCUUGUGACUGGUUAGGCAAGAAGCUUUAUUGGGCGGAUUCAGAAACUAAUCGAAUUGAGGUUGCCAAUCUUGAUGGAAUGUCUCGUAAGGUCCUUUUCUGGGAGGAUCUUGAUCAACCAAGAGCUAUUGCGCUUGAUCCGCAGCAUGGGUACAUGUAUUGGACAGACUGGGGAGAAAUACCGAGAAUUGAACGAGCCGGCAUGGAUGGUAGCAGUCGUUCUGUCAUUGUGGACUCUAAUAUUUACUGGCCAAAUGGACUGACAAUUGACAUAGAGGAACAGAAACUUUACUGGGCAGAUGCAAAACUGAGUUUUAUUCAUAGAUCCAACUUGGAUGGCUCUUUCAGACAAGAGGUUGUGCAAGGUACUCUGACUCAUCCAUUUGCCCUGACAUUGUUUGGUGAAACCUUAUACUGGACAGAUUGGCAAACCCGCUCAAUCCACGCAUGCAACAAGAGGACUGGAGCAGACAAACGGGAGAUACUUGUCAGUAUUUACUCUCCCAUGGAUAUCCAGGUCUACAGUCAAGAGAGGCAACCACACGUUCAUAUCCCAUGUGAUGAAAGUAAUGGAGGAUGUUCUCAUUUAUGCCUGCUUUCCCCAAAAGAACCAUUCUUCAAAUGUGCCUGCCCAACUGGGGUCCAGCUGGAAAAAGAUGGAAAAAUUUGUAAGAAAGGCGCUGAUGAGGUCUUGCUGCUUGCCAGAAGGACAGACCUACGACGUAUCUCCUUAGACAUGCCAGAUUUCACAGAUAUUAUCCUUCAGCUUGAUGAUAUUCGACAUACAAUAGCAAUAGACUACGAUCCAGUGGAGGGAUAUAUUUACUGGACGGAUGAUGAAGUUAGAGCCAUUCGUCGUGCAUUACUGGAUGGCUCAGGGGCCCAGACAUUGGUAACUACAGAAAUUAACCAUCCAGAUGGAAUAGCUGUUGAUUGGAUAGCAAGAAAUCUUUACUGGACUGAUACAGGAACUGAUCGCAUUGAAGUGACCAGACUUAAUGGAACCUCUAGAAAAAUACUGAUAGCAGAAGGUCUUGAUGAGCCUCGAGCUAUUGUCCUUAAUCCAGUGACUGGCUACAUGUACUGGACGGAUUGGGGUGAAAAUCCGAAGAUGGAACGUGCAAACCUGGAUGGCUCUGACCGAAUAAUUUUAGUAAAUACCUCUCUGGGUUGGCCCAAUGGCUUGGCAUUGGACUAUGCUGAAGGCAAACUUUACUGGGGUGAUGCCAAAACAGACAAGAUUGAAGUGAUUAAUGUAGAUGGAACUGGUCGUAGGACACUUGUGGAAGAUAAACUUCCUCACAUAUUUGGAUUCACUUUAUUGGGGGACUAUAUCUAUUGGACUGAUUGGCAGAGAAGAAGCAUUGAGCGUGUUCAUAAGCACCAUGCAGAGAGAGAAAUCAUAAUUGAUCAGCUACCUGAUCUUAUGGGACUGAAAGCAACAAAAGUAACAGAAACAUUUGGAACGAACCCUUGUUCAAAAAAUAAUGGUGGCUGCAGUCACCUGUGUUUGUAUGUACCUCAGGGUCCACGUUGUGCCUGUCCAAUGGGCCUAGAGUUGAUAAGGGACAUGAAAACCUGCAUUGUACCUGAAGCAUUCCUGCUGUUCUCCAGUAGGGCAGACAUCCGUAGAAUUUCUUUGGAGACCAACAACAAUGAUGUGCCAAUUCCAUUAACAGGGGUGAAGGAAGCAUCUGCACUUGAUUUUGACAUUUCUGAUAACAGGAUUUAUUGGACAGACAUCAGUUUAAAGACCAUUAGUCGUGCAUUCAUGAAUGGAAGCUCUGUUGAGCAUGUGGUUGAGUUUGGUCUUGAUUACCCAGAAGGAAUGGCAGUAGACUGGUUGUCAAAAAACCUCUACUGGGCAGAUACAGGCACUAAUCGAAUUGAAGUGGCACGAUUAGAUGGGCAAUAUCGGCAGGUUUUGGUGUGGAAAGAUUUGGACAAUCCACGUGCUUUGGCACUUGAUCCUUCUGAUGGAUACAUGUACUGGACUGAGUGGGGUGGUAAACCAAGAAUUGUCCGCGCGCAUAUGGAUGGUACGAAUAGUGCUGCACUGGUGGACAGAGUGGGUCGUGCCAAUGGACUUACGAUUGAUUAUGUGGAGAAAAGACUGUACUGGACUGACCUGGAUACAUCAAUGAUUGAAUCUUCAAAUAUGCUAGGAAAACAGCGCGAAAUCAUAGCUGAUGAUCUGCCACAUCCCUUUGGACUGACACAGUACCGAGAUUACAUUUAUUGGACUGACUGGAAUCUUCGCAGUAUUGAGCGUGCUGACAAGAUGAAUGGACAAAAUCGUACCCUUAUUCAGGGACAUUUAGACUAUGUAAUGGACAUCUUAGUUUUUCAUUCUUCACGGCAAGAUGGCUGGAAUGAAUGUGUGCAAACCAAUGGUCAUUGUUCUCAUCUUUGCCUCGCUGUGCCAGCUGGGUACAGGUGUGGAUGUGCAUCACAUUACGUUCUUGAUGAUAAUAACAGAACUUGCAGUUCACCCAUCAAUUUCUUGCUGUUCAGCCAGAAGACUGCAAUUAGUCGUAUGGUGUUGGAUGAACAUCAGAGUCCAGAUAUAAUAUUGCCUGUACAUGGUUUACGUAAUGUGAAGGCAGUAGAAUAUGAUGCUGUUGACCGAUUAAUAUACUGGGUAGAUGGACGACAAAAUGUCAUUAAAAGAGCUAGAGAUGAUGGCUCUCAGGCACUUGUGGUCGUUUCUGGGCCAAACCAAAGUCAAAACCCUGAUAUACAGCCUCAUGACUUGAGCCUUGAUAUUUACAGUCGAACUGUCUAUUGGACUUGUGAAACCUCCAACACCAUAAAUGUUAAUAGACUUAAUGGAAAGCACAUUGGAAUAGUUCUUCGUGGAGAACAUGACAGACCAAGAGCUAUUGUUGUGAAUGCAGAAAGGGGGUAUAUGUACUUCACAAACAUGUUGGAGCGAUCCCCUAAGUUAGAACGUGCAGCACUGGAUGGCACUGAAAGGGAAGUAAUAUUUUCAACUGGAUUGAUCAGACCUGUUGAUUUGGCAAUUGAUAACAAACUAGGGAAACUUUUCUGGGUCGACGCAGAUCUGAAACGCAUUGAAAGCAGUGAUUUAUCUGGUGCCAAUAGACUGACAUUGCAGGAUUCCAGCAUCCUUCAGCCAAUGGGGCUUGCUAUACUUGGUGACUACAUUUAUUGGAUUGACCGUCAGCAGCAGAUGAUUGAACGCAUAGAAAAGACGACUGGAGACCAUCGAACAAGAAUUCAGGGUAGAAUUGUUCACCUGACUAGUAUCCAUGCAGUAGAAGAGCUGGAUGUAGCAGAGUUCAGUGCACACCCUUGUUCCCGUGAUAAUGGUGGCUGCUCACACAUCUGCAUUGCAAAAGGUGAUGGGACACCACGAUGCUCAUGUCCAGUACACUUGGUGCUGUUACAGAACCUACUGACAUGUGGAGAACCACCAACCUGUUCGCCUGAACAAUUUACAUGUGCUACUGGAGAGAUUGAUUGUAUUCCAAUGGCCUGGCGUUGUGAUGGCUUUCCAGAAUGCGAUGAUGAUAGUGAUGAGGAAAACUGUCCAGUGUGUUCUGCCAACCACUUUCAGUGUGAAAAAGGCCAGUGCGUUGAUGCACGUUUACGAUGUAAUGGUGAAAUAGAUUGUCAAGAUAAAUCAGAUGAGGAAAACUGUGCUGCGAUUUGCCAUUCUAACCAGUUCCGCUGCAGUAAUGGUCAGUGCAUUUUGAAGAAACAGCAUUGCAACUCAUUUCCUGAUUGCCAUGAUGGCUCAGAUGAACAUCUUUGUGAAUUAACUGAAGCUUCAGUGAAUGAUUUCCAGUCUCACAGCAGUGCAAUUGGACCUGUCAUUGGUAUAAUCCUCUCACUCUUUGUAAUGGGUGGAAUGUACUUUGUCUGUCAGCGAGUUGUAUGUCGUCGUUACAAGGGACCUAAUGGACCUUUUCCUCAUGAAUAUAUCAGUGGAACCCCACAUGUUCCCCUUAAUUUUAUUGCACCCAGCAGUUCCCAACAUGGCACUUUCACUGGCAUGUCAUGUGGCAAGUCAAUGAUCAGCUCCAUGAGUCUAAUGGGAGGAAGCAACGGGGCCCCACUGUAUGAUAGAAAUCAUGUGACUGGGGCCUCCUCCAGCAGUUCUUCAAGUACAAAAGGAACUUUCUACCCACAGAUUUUGAACCCACCUCCAUCCCCAGCGACUGAUCGUUCUCUCUAUAAUACUGAAGUGUGCUACUCAUCCAACAGUCCUUCCACUACCAGGUCUUACAGACAUUACAUUAUGCAGAGUGUGGCACCACCUACAACUCCAUGCAGUACUGAUGUAUGUGAUAGUGAUUAUACCACAAGCCGGUGGAAGAGUCCCAAAUACUACGUGGAUCUGAAUUCAGAUUCAGAUCCUUACCCACCACCCCCAACCCCUCGAAGUCCAUACAUGUCAGCAGAGGAGAACUGUGAAAGUUGUCCGCCAUCACCUUCCACAGAACGAAGCUACUUUCAUCUCUGUCCUCCCCCACCAUCUCCCUGUACAGAUUCCUCAUGAUUCUAACAAAACAAACUUUUUUUUAUAAUUCUGUACAUAGCUUUAAAUACAAACAGAGAGAAAGUAUAUUUUAUGAAUUAAAAGUACCGGACGGAUGGGAUUAUCCAAAAGACAGUGUACAGAGAAUGUGAGCAGGUCGAUAGGGACAAUGGAAUUUUGUACAGAUGGAACGAAAAAUAUUUAUAACCUUUUUUUCUUACGUAAAUACACCACUUGCAUCUUUGUGCCAUAUGCUCAUUUUACAGUACAAAUUGGGAAGUAAAAGUAUAAAAAGUUCGCAAAUGCAGGCACAGACACAAUUAGGCCAAAUAGCCUACCUCUGUGCUGUAUAAUUUUAUUUAGGUGAAACCAUUUUAGAAAUGAAAUGUAUGAAUUCUAUAUUCAUAGAUAUAAAUGGACAAUCGCUUAUUUUGUACUUUUUCGACCUUAACAAAAUUAUACUUGUUGCUCUAUGGAGCUUAAAUAUUUCAUGAAUGAUAUUUUUGAUCAGGAUGUUCUGUUCUGAAUAGACAUAUUAUUGAAUUAUGAGCUCAGUGCACAACCCUAAGUGUCAAUUACAUGAACUUCAAAAUAAACCACUAGCCGGAAUUGUUUUGUACGCUUAAUGUCAUUGAGGGUUUUCAUACUACCCUUUUCAUGUCAAGGACCUGUGUUUGGAUUUGGCCCAGAUUAAUUGCAUUAACGUCUAUAUAUUCACUGAUCUAAGGAUACUGCUUAAAUUCACUUAAUGUUGUAUUGCAGCAGCCCCCUAAGAUUCCAGGUUCAAGGCAGAAUAGUGAUUCACAACCCCACUGUAGAUGCAUACUGCUACUCAGUGGAUUCUUGGUGUGGAUAAAAAUAGUAUCACCCUGGUACCUUCUGAGAGUGCACUUCUGAAAUUUGGAUAAAAUUAUAUUGAGCAAAACAGAAGGAUUUCACUUUAUACCUGACCUAGGGGUACUUUACAAUGCCUCUAAUUGUCAUGAUUUAAAAGAAAAUGAAUGUUCCAUUUUAACACAAACACUCCUCACUUUGUCGAACACAAGAUUCUCCAACAAACGAUUACAGGACAAAGUUCGAGUUGAUUGUUGUGUGAUUUGUAUUUUAACAUUAAAUUAUUUAUCAUGGAUUAUGAACCAGUUUUCUUAAUGUUUGGUUUUUGUUACCUUGGCUUGUAUGUACAGAAAGUUGUAGCUAUCACUACUGAAACAUUUUGAAGAGUGCCCAUUGUAAACCAUUCAAAGAACUUGCACAUUAAUAAUAAAUGUCUAAGAUUUUGUUGGAUUACCAAGCUGCCUCGUUUAUCAUUAGCAUGAUUGUGCAUGCUUGUACCACUAAUUUGCUGCGGCAGCAUAAACUUAAGAUGAGGGACUGCUGACCAACUGCCUUUUGAUAUCUUUGUGGUUUGCUUUUAAUUCCAAAAAAGAGCCUUUUAUGGAAAGUUGUCAUAAUACAAAUUUACUUUCUAAACAGUUACAAAGCUUUCCAUUCUUAAAACUUACCUCUUAGCACUAUAGAAGUUAAAAGUAUAUUUUAUCUAAUUUCAUUGUGUUAUUUAUAAAAUGCUAUUAUUCACAGAUUAUAUGUAUGAUUUUCAGCAGCACUCUGUAUACAGUGAAAUGACAGUUUCUAAUACAAUGACUCACUUCAGCUAUAAAAAAAACCAGACAUUCAACAGAACUUUAUAUUCAAUUUUUUCUUCUAUUGUCUGUUAUAAAUAAUGUGGUCAUUAGUUCGGUGAAGUCCCAUAAAAUGUGUAGAGCCCAGUUUGCUGCAUUUGUAUUGAGUGUUUGAUUCUUGUCUAUAAUUGAAUGUUCAAUCAUUAAAGUAAGGACAUUUUAUGUUUUCACAUUUCAAAUUGUGCUUGGCUGUUUGAGCGAAAUGCUGAUGACCUACCUGUAUCCAAAAUAUUGUUUGCUAAAGUAAAGACACAAACUUCAGAUUGUUCUCCUUUCCAGUUUUAACCUUUUCUGCUUGUGUUGUGCAUAACUUAUUUUAAAAUUAUACUUUGGAGAAUAAAACCUUGUGUAAUUACCUGAUUUUCCUCAGUAAGUAGAAAUGCUGUUGGUUCAGUACAUCUUUGUUUUUUGUGGAUUUUAGUGCACAAACUUUUCAAAUCUAUCACAAAUGCAAGUAUCUAUAAAUAUCUUAAGGAUGAGAUGGAAUUAGUACUUUUUUUAAGUGUAGGAAAGACUUCAUACUUAAUUGCUGCAUUCCUUGAUUUUGUUUUAUAUUUAUCUCAAGUCUUAUAACAAAUUUCAAAUAUUUAAUUCCUACCUUUUUGUUAUCAAUUGAAGCACAGUAGUUAAUAGAAUUAAAGCCAAAUAUAACUGGAUUUGAGAGAUGUACAGUGUUUAAAAGGGAUUGGUGUUAAUUUUGGAAUUAUUACAAUCUGACAUUAUGUUGAAACAUUAGUGUCAGCAAUUUGGGAAGGGAAGGAAAAAGCUAUAUUUAUUGUGGAAAAAUAUCGAUCCCCCUUGAUUACCCAUAAAGCAUCUUGUGGUUAUGUAGAGAAAGCCUAUCUCACCGUUGCUGGUCUGGAGAAGUUUAAAUUGUUAGCUGCACAAUUUGAAGGGUUCAGAUGGUGCCUUACUUAGAAUUAUUGUAAAUUAUUGUUUGUUUCACAAAUGCGCUAUGUACCAUUAAUGGUUUUUAUUUAUAUUGUGCAGUUUAUUGAAUAUUUUGUUUGUUGGUACAUUAUAAAAUCUGAAAUGAAAAGUUGGAAGUGCUCAGUCAGUCAGGCAUCAGUUGUGGAGAGAAAUGGAGCUAAUGUUCAGGCUCAAUGACCCUUCAGGGCAUCACCCUGAAAUAUGCUGCCUGACCUCCUGACAGUAUCAAUCAUUUUCAGUUUUUUUUAAUUAACAGUUUAAACCACCAAGUAAUUUCAGCGUUUAGGCGAAUAAAGUUAUUUCUGACUCUGCAUUGGGCAAUGUUUUCUAAAAGAAUUCAAGUAUUCUUUCUUCCCACUGUGAGUUUUGACUGUUUUUCUCCUCUUUAAAUUUGACUGUUUACCAUUUCAAGCCCCCAGUACAUCAGAUGAAUUGCAAACAAGUGACAACAUUAACAAAGGAAUUGUUCCAUGAAAACCAAAAGAACUGCAGAUGUUGUAAAUCAGAAACAAAAACAGAAGUUGCUGGAAAUGCUCAGCAGAACUGGCAGCAUCUGUGAAGAGAAAUAAGAGUUAAUUUUCAGGUCUGGUGACCCUUCCUAGGCUGCCGGACCUACUGAGCUUUUCCAGCAACUUCUGUUUUUGUAAUUGCUGCAUGAACCUCAGUAAUGUUGCUUUUCCUUCAGCCACUAGGUGGUGCAAAAAAGUGCAGCAAAACUUAACCAGUCGCCUGAUUUCCCAAACCCUAAAUUUUGACAAAACUAAAAUCAGAGGACUUAUUUUGUAAGGAACCAUGAACAAAGAUUAGCAUCCUAAUUAUGCAUGACACGAUUUAUUGAUGCACAAUAUGCACAGAUAGACAGUAUUACCAUCGGAGGAAAGGUAACUUAGAUGGACCAGAGAUUCUCCAUGUGAAACUUUUUAAUAUGUUAACAUCUUAUCAACCUAAACCAUUAAACUUGAUUAUAUGACCGUCUAGAAAAAUGCCAGUGACUGUCAAAUUCCCUUUGAUUUAAAGUAAUCAUUUGCAAAACUAUUUAUAAUGAAUUAGGUGUUUCUGCAUUAUUUCUCAAAAGUGCUAGUAUGUGGAGAUGAAGUUAUUUUUUGAAAAGCUGAUCAUAAUUUUGGGUUCUAUAAAUGGAUAGAGUCAAAGAUGUAGGGAUCAAUUUAUACAAAAUAUCUCUUACAUCAAAUAGAAUAUAGAGAUCUGAGAAUUCAGAUAUAUAAAUCACUAAAAAAUUCAAAACACAAGUUCAUAAAAAUAUAGCAUUUCAAGACAAAUAGAAUACCGAAGUAGGAGCGUAAUAUUAAACUUAUACAGAACUUUGAUUAGAUCACAGAGUUCUGUGGGCACCUCUGAUCUCUGGACUACCAAAAGGAUACAGAAAAUACAAGAGAAAUUUACAGAGAUGUUUCGAUAAUUGUAGGGAUGCGGCAAUCAGCACAGACAGAGCAGGUAAGGGCUUUUUCCCUGACAAAGAGAUCUGAUUUGACCUCUUCAAAGUUAUGAAGGAAUUUAAUAGGAUGAAUCCACAUACAAGCCAAGGAAAGGGCCAAUAAGUAUCAAAUAGCCACUUACAAGUAAAAUCAAAAAUUAGGAGGAAUUUCUUAUCACAGAGUGGUGAGAAUGUGAGACUUGAAUGACAUGGCUGGUUAAAUUUAGCAUCAACACAUUUUAAGGGAAGACUUGAUAUGUACAUGAGGGAGACAGGAAUGUAGGGAGAGUGAGAAGAGCUAAUUAGAAUGGAAGGUAGCUCCAUUUGGAAAACAAGCAUCAACCUCGACCCAUUGAACCAAAUUACUCCUUUCAGUUUCAAAGAGUCAUUAAAACCGAUGUGAAGUUGCAUGCAGUUUUGGGUUUCCUACUACAAGAAAUGCAUUGAAAUUAUGGUUUCACGAAGAUAAUGCCAAGUAUGGAAAGGUUUCCAUUGUUAGCAGUGGAAGUUGAGGAGAUAUAACCUAGGUUAUCAAAAUUCUGGUGUUUUAAGUGAAUUGACAAAAACUAUUUCUUGCACUUGGGAUGUCAGUGAAAAGGGAUGAUGAAAUAAUGAAGAAAGAGCUGGGGAAAAUUAUAAAUUUUGAAAGCAGGGAGAGAUGUAAGGUUUUGAGGAGGAGCAGUAAGAUAAGUUUGGAUUGCUGUGGCAAAGACAACGGACUCCUUUGUAAAACUAUUUCUGAUUUGUAGAAGGUAGUAUUGAAUAGCAAUUCGAUCAUUUCCCUACUUGGAAAUGUAAUAUUAAUGUAACGUAAAUUUUUUUCCUAAAGUAUUCCCCCUGCCACCCCACCACCAGCACCCACCAACAUUUACUAAUCAUAAACAUUUUUUUUGUUUUAUUUUGGUAAUGGCCUGAAGGAUUAGAUCUAGCAUAAACAUGAUGAUCCAUUAAAAUUGAGCUGAUUUCAAUUGUGAAAUCAGAUUUACUCAAUUUUGAAUUACAGUUUUGGUUGUAAGUGGAAAAGGCAAGCUUCUGUGCCCACCUCACCUUUACCCCCAAAACACGUUAAUGUUGUGUUGCCUGUCAGAUAGUAAUGUUAUCGUCAUCAUUCAACUUAGUGUUAUGAGCAAGUCUCUCAAUGGGGCUCACCAAUCGGACUGAAAUUUGCAAACAAGUUGCUUUUAAUAGUUACCACAAAACAAAUGGUUGCAGCAAGAAACAAAGAGGCUUAGUAACUGGCUUGAAAUCUUUAGCAGCUAGACUGCAUGGAAUUUAUGCAGUAAGAAACUAGUUCAACACAAAGAUGAUGGCCAGACUAUUAUAAUAAGUGACUCUUCCAGCCUUCUAACUUUUUUCUGGCAGCAGAAAUGGAUUGCCUUUACUUUGUUAGUCACCAGCUUUUGUUUUGUUAAAUGGUGUUUGUCACUAAUGUUUAAAUUCAUGGCCAGCAUUUGGUAUGUUCUCGCUCUCAGCUCCUGGUGCUUCAUGUCAAAACCUUUUGAUUGUAUUUCUUUGUAUAAAAAUUUGCAAAGACAAUAGCAAAUCAAUAAAUUUGUAAUAAAG